AAGACCUGCCGAAAUCGGAUCUCUCGUGGAGUUACGAUGACAUCAAGACCCAGAAGCAUGAAAUCCCUCGCUACGAACUCUACUGUAGCUUUACUAGCCAUGAAUCAGAAUUCGAUUAUCUUAAGUCCCUUGAAAUCGAAGAGAAGAUCAAUAAGAUACGCUGGUUACCCCAACAAAACUCAUCGAGGCACUUGCUUUCUACUAACGACAAGACUAUCAAGUUGUGGCGACUCUCGGAGCGCCUAAAGCAGGUGACUGGGUAUACUAUACGGCGGUCAACAGUACCUCCUCCCUUGGAAGUCAGUAUUGGUGAAGUGGAGGAGAGGGUAGGGAGCGAUGAGGCGAGUGUAAGAGGAGCGCCGAGAGAUCUCAACGGAAGUACUAGCGCUGGGGUACACAGCGCUGGCGAUUUGCGAGUGCCACGGUACGAGCGCCGUGCGGACCUCUUCGUCAUCGCGCAGCCUCGACGUGUCUUUGCUAAUGCGCACGCCUAUCAUAUCAACUCUAUCUCCGUUAACUCUGACCAAGAGACCUUCCUCUCCGCUGACGACCUGCGCAUUAAUUUGUGGAACCUCAGCGUCACCAACCAGUCUUUCAAUAUAGUUGAUAUAAAGCCGGUGAAUAUGGAAGAGUUGAGUGAGGUAAUUACAGCGGCCGAAUUCCAUCCGACCGAUUGUUCCCUUUUUAUGUACAGUAGCAGCAAGGGAAUCCUUCGGCUCUGUGAUAUGCGACAGCAGGCCCUUUGUGACAGGUCUGCUCUCACAUUUCAAGAACCGGAUAUUCCUGAAAAUCGCGGUUUCUUCUCUGAAAUCGUAAACAGUGUCACGGACUUGAAAUUUAGCAAUUCUAGUCGUUAUGUCCUCAGCAGGGACUAUUUAACCCUCAAAGUGUGGGAUAUGAACAUGGCAACUGGCCCAGUGGAGGUUUACCACGUGCACGAUUACUUCAGAAGCAAAUUUGUCGCUCUUUAUGAAAACGACUGCAUCUUUGAUAAAUUCGAGUGCGCAUGGUCUCCGAAUAAUAACUACCUCCUGACAGGAUCCUACAAUAACCUAUUUCGGGUGUUUGAUCGAUCGUCGGGUAGGGGCGUUUUGACGGAGACGGAGGCAAAUGCUAAUGGGAUCCCCUCGAAGGGACCUCUGCGAACCCGAGAGGUCACCUGUGACCCAGUGGCAAUUACCUCCGACCAGAUUAGCGUCGAUUCGAUCGAUUUCACCAAGAAACUGCUUUACCUAGCCUGGCAUCCCAGUACGUCCCGGGUAGCUUUGGCCAGCAAUGAAACUCUCUUUCUGGUCUCUGCGCUGCAAGAACAGCAAUAUCUGCAGUCAGAUUCGAGAUGA